CCAUUCCAAAACCAGUACGUGAACUGCAGCAAUUUGGAUCAACCGAGAUAGGUCCGGUUUUAGCGCUGCGAACAUUCUUAUCGCACCAGCGUAGUACAGUACACAUUUGCGUCUAUUUGUUCACUUUUCAGACCUCCACUAGGCAGGAAACUAUCGAUUGCGAAAGCAUUCAUCUAAUUAAUUAGUUUUCUGUUCAUCUAUUUUUCGGGAUGUUUGUAUAAUAGCUUUGCAUAUAUCAGCUGCACAUUUAUGUGCCCAAAUGGGAAUACGGAGCCUACGCCUUCUGAUUCGUGCUGGCAUAAUUCGUAAUAACCUGACAGAUUCGGCAAAUCCAGUUAUAGAAUUCCUUGCACGGGGGAUAUUUCCACUUUGAUAACUGUACCGUCUAUCCCAUCUUGCAGUUGUUAUCUUUAAUUUUUGAACGUGUUACUAUAUUUUUAUCCCAUGGGAAAUAAGAUUAGCAAAGUCAAGCGUUCCUUCAAAAACGACGAGAGCUACCGAGCAUUAUCUGCAUGCUCCGACUAUGAAUCAUCCUCGAAUUCCUCGGUUCUAAGCACCGCGAUAAGCACUCGACAGUUAGCGUCGAAGACCGGCUUCUCCCAAUCCCCCCAUACGCACAAUGAAGAACCGGGACCAGACCACCAGAUUUUCACCACAGACUGCCAGCAGUCAAAGUAUCCCGCAGUCUUUUCAACCCGUCAAUCCCCUGAUGUGGUAUUACGCCAUAGCCAAAUUGCGGCUCAUGAUCAUCAAGCAAUGCAGCCACAACUCAGCACGACAAUUAAAUCACCUGUGCCAAUAUCGCGAUUAAAGCUGAUUACUACAUCACCGCCGCCGCUGAUUAUGGGCGAUAAGGCCAAUGUAUACAAACCCAGCGGCAUAGAAAGGUCAAAUGAUAAAUUGACAAACUAUCAAAGGAAGCCGGAUUGCAGCAGUACCGCCAAUCCGUCUUAUCAUCACCCACCGAAUGGAGGUUAUCGUGCAUCGGAACAGAUGCGGCAUUCUCGUGCAGCAGCGUUGUCGCCGGUCAGUGAGCAGCACCGUUGGGCUUGGAGAAUUCCUGAUACCGGCAACAGUACUGGUCAAAUAAUGGAGCGGCAUGCGAAUGCUUUGCUGCGCGAAAUGAACGAACGAGUUUUGGAUCAACUCAGCAAACCACUACAUCCAAAUGAAGCAUACCACAUAGAAGUUCGCGUGGUGAAAAUUAUUAGAGAUCCACCCGUGAAACAUUACCCUUGUGAGCCAAUGCAUCCCAGAAUGUCCCACUACUGCGAAAAAUUGGCGAAUAUGGGCGAUAGUCGGUAUCGAAAUCAACCGAAACAUGUGCAUGCUAAUGCCGUAUGGUCACCAAAUCGUGCCUGUCCGGACCUUACUCAUGCUGAAUUGGCUCAGCUAGUUAUGCAUAAUCACGAACGGAACAAUAUCCAGUUCAACAACGGCAAACCGUCAACCAAGCGGAUUUCGUCAGGACAUCAGCUCGCAACCGCCCAUAAUCUUCCGGGACAGCCAUCAAAAGGGAACAAACGCAGGCGGAAGUGUACUGGGCAAGAUGUGAUUAUAAAACCAUUGCCCGAGAGACUGGUCAAACCUGCUUCUAGCAGGCCUCAUGUGCAUUGUAAUCAUCCUGAACGCUUACAUAGAAAUUUUACUAAUGGACUUUGUCGGCCUAAGAAAGGCGUAUUUAUUUGAAUAUGAGAUGGCUUGUUGUUGUUGAAAUUUGUAUUUAUUUUAUUUUUUCAUUCUUGCACAAUGUCCAAUCGGAAAAUCUCUUUGUCGCGUUGUUGUUUCCCUUCAGUGACCUAUCAUACUCGGAUUAAACAGACGAAG